AUCGGCGGAGAAGGAGUCCAGAACGCGGCCCCGAGUGGCCCCUCUCCUUGGGAACAGUUCUCGCGAGUCAGCCAUAGCUCUAUGCAGCAUCAUGUUCCACUUCCGCUCUCCAACUCGGAUGCAGCCAAGGAUAUGCGUCUUGCAGUGCUACUGGCAAUCCUGGCAAGGGAGAUAGACAGGCAUAUUUUCCACCCAACGUACAUUUUGUCGGAGGAUAGCCACAUCCGCGAGACGCUUGUGAACCUCGCAAUGAAAGACUCGAAGAAAGAAUUCUUCUGCCGCCAGAUCCUGCUUUCCAUCGAUCCCAACAAGGAGCAGGAGAUUCUGGGAGAACGAAUCCGCACCGUGACUCGCAAUGUCAUGCGUCUGCUGAGCGGCCUGCCUGAGGCUUUCUACAGCGAGAUGCGCGACGCCAUCGAAGGUCUGGCCACACAGGCAGGCGAGCUUUGGAGUCGGUUCCGACGAGCAGAGCGCAAGUACGAAGUGGACUUUGAUCCUUUGAAAUGGGGAGAUGAUGAAUGGAGACCAUUCGUCUUCCCAGACCAGGCUGGCGCUGUUGGGGAAUCUCCCGUGGCCCGUACCCUCAGUGAGAGUCUGCUUACUGUAUUCCCACGCAUCUGUACCGUGGAGGAUGGUAUACGUGACGCAUAUACAUUCGUCAUUGAGCUGAAUCGAUCAAUGCCUCAAUGUGUUGCGGCAGGUAAAGAGUUGAUCCGGGAGCCAUCAAGUCCCACAUCGAAUGGACGAGGUGCAUCAAACCGGCAAAGGCGGAUUUCUAUCGCCUCGAGCAGUAUGAAUGGUCAAAAUGGCGUUUCUCUAGGGAAGAAAGGAAAGCAAGAGGGGUCAAAGCAGGGAUGAUUGGGAUCCUACUCCGGCCUUUGCAUUGAUAAUCUCAUCUCCCCGCGUUGUUUUUGAUACCAUGUAUAGUGUUUCUUAUUAUCAAGAUACUUCCGUUAUGAAGUAUGGUGAAACCGAUCUGAAGGACGAAGGAAAGUCGCAGCAGAAUCGGAUGAGGCGAAG